AUCGGCCAUCUUCAUCUAAUAGUCUUUUUCUCUCUCUUUAUGUAUAUCUAAACCUCUUCUUAUAUACAUAUAAACCUUUGCAUCUGAAGCGAGCACAGGAUUAUCAAGUUUAUGGUCUCACGAUUUCCGCCGAACUGAUCAAAGUAGCUAGCUGAAGGAAGCAUAGGUAAAGAACACACAUAGAGUAAAUAUUAUCAAUGGAUUCAAAAACUACUUCUGCAGUGGGAGAUGGUUUGAGAAAUGGGCUCGAGCUGGUGAAGUCAUUUUCGGAUAAGCAUGUUGAUCUUUUGAGGCCCACAACACGAUAUAAUUCCACUGUUAAAGACAAUGAAAAGGGCGGCAAGUAUAUGCUAAUUCGAGAUGACACCGAACUGGGAACUUAUGACAAACCCCUUCCUUGCUUCGGUUGUGGGAUAGGAUGGUUCUCGUUUCUGUUAGGUUUUGCUUUUCCAAUUAUGUGGUAUUACGCCACAUUUCUCUAUUUUGGAAACUAUAGGAAGGAUCCGAGGGAGCGGGCUGGCCUUGCUGCCUCUGCCAUUGCUGCGAUGGCCAUCUCUGUUAUAUUAUUAUUAAUCAUAUUAGUGAUUAUUCUACUAUAGCUCAACCUAUGGGAAGUUAGCUUGUGAAGAAGAUUCAUUUCAUUUCAUAGAAGCAAGUUCUCUAUAUAUCAACAGGAAUUGUAUUGCAAGCUGAAAUAAUAGACAUAAAUUUGUCUCCGGCUAUACAAGAAGAAGAAUUUGAAACGACGAUAAUGAUGAUAGAGCCUAACUGGCUUUGUUUGUUGUUUGUGAAUAUAUAUAUUUAUUAAAAACCCUGGAAUUCUUCCAUUCACUUGUGAUGUUCUUACAUACAAUAUGUAUCGGUUACAGAUCAAGACCUCGAGUUUAUGUGUAAAGAAAAUAUUGUUUACUUACAUUGCUUUAGUUGUUUUCUUAAAAUUUGAGGACAAGUAAUGAAAACUUUGAAAUUUGAG